AUGUUGCUGAGAUGGCCAAGGACAUCAUCAGAGAGCAGUGAUAAACUGGCUCUGAUCCAAUUCAAGAAUGCAGUAACUCAAGAUCCUCUUGGAGCUCUGAAAUCAUGGAAUACCUCCCUUCAUUACUGUGACUGGACUGGAGUCACUUGUGAUCAUGCACGCCAGAGAGUUAAGGUUUUGGACCUCCGUUCCAAUGCAUUAGUUGGCUACUCGUCCCCUUACAUCACAAACCUCUCAGAGGUGAUUGAGAUUCACCUUCAGAACAACAUGGAAAUCAAUUUACUGGAAGGAUCCCUCCAGAGCUUGCGUCACGGUAUAAUCCCUGCUUCUUUGUUUAACCUUUCAUCUCUUGUCUUCUUGAAACUGGCUCUGAAUAAUUUGGAAGGGAGAAUUCCUGGUGAUAUAGGAAAAGCCACACGUCUGAGUUUCAUUAAUAUCUAUGGGAAUUUGAUUUCUGGUACAUUACCAUCUUCAUUGUUUAAUCUUACAUCACUGUACUAUCUCGCCAUGGCUGAUAACAAGUUUCAUGGAAUCCUUCCGAGUGACAUGGGUGUUACUCUGCCUAAUCUCCAAGUACUUGGUGGGGGAUUGAACUCAUUCACAGGAUCUAUUCCAGCUUCUUUGUCCAAUGCUUCUGGUCUGACAGUUGUUGAUUUUGCAGACUGUGCAUUAAGUGGGUCCAUUCCUUGA